AUGAAAGUUAAGCCGAAAACUACGGCAGCUAAUGCUACCAAUCGAAUCAGUGCAUUAGACAGGCUUAGUAAACCAACACCUAACAAUAAUAAUAAGCGAAUUCAUCAACGUCUAAGUGCACCAACAAAUCGUACAAUUACAGAUGCACGACAAUUAUUAACAAAUCGAAAUACACCUAUGUUUGACGCUCGACAAUUAUUAAGUCGACAAUCAUCAAAAAAUCUUAAUACUUCUCUAAUAAUACGAAAAGAUAUCGUACAAGCUGAAGAAGAAGAAGAAGAGCAGGAUGAUGAUGAUGACGAACAAAACCCAGAAGUUAUAAGUAGUUUUAACAAUGUUCAACUUGUUUCCAGAACUCCAAAUCUUUCAUUCGAAAAGAAGAAUAAUAAUACUUUUGUAGCUUUACAGAAUUCCAAUUCAACUGAAUCAAUUUCUUUUACAAAAACAAUCACAAAUACAUUAUUCCAACAUGAAAAUGAUAAUCGUCAGUUUCAAACAUCCAAUACUCAAUUAUCUUCGUCUGAUAAAAAACUUGCUAUUAGUUUUGUAAAAGAUCAAUAUCGUAAAAGACCUAAAUCGCCAUCUCCACGUUCGUUAUCACCUCCUCCAAUAAUCAGACGUUUACAUGAUGCUUCUAUUCAAACAGCACAUUCAUCAUCAUUAUCAUUAUCUCGAUCACCAGUUCGAAGUAAUUCUCAUCGACGACAUUUAGAUGAAUAUGAUGAUCAUUAUGAACCUCCAAUAAAACGUAAUUCUUCACGAAAUACAACAAUAGACAAAGAACAACAAGCUCUAUCGACAGUAUUAAAAAAUUCUUCAAAACGAACAUCAACAAAUGCAUCUGAUAACAUACGAACAAAACGAAAUUCAUCAAUACAAUCAAAUUCAGAUGCUCGAACAGUUUUAGUAACAAAUCUUCAAUCAUCAGUUACAGAAGAUGAUGUUGUUGAAUUAUUUAGUGAAGUUGGUCAUAUUAAUGAAAUAAUAACAUUAAGUCGUGGUUGUGUUCAAGUUACUUAUUCAAAACGAGAAUAUGCUGAAGAAGCAGUUGCUAAAUAUCAUAAUCGAUUAUUAGAUGGACAAUUGAUUUAUGUUAGUCUUCAACAAACAUCUUCUCAUUCAACAAAAUCAUCGAAAAAUUCUUCUUUAUCACGAUAUUCCAAAGACAAUAGUUCAUCACAAUCAAUUAAUGAUAAUGAAUAUUUAAAAUCAAAUUCAAAUAAAAUUAUUAUUGAUCCAACAUUUAUGCGACAAGCACUGUUUAAUUCGUCCAAUAAUACGACAAAUCCUGUACAAUUUCAAGUUAAACUUUAA